GAGACCCCAAUAGAACCCCAAUAGGGCCCCAAUGGGACCCCAAAAAGACCCCAGUGGGACCCCAAAAAUACCCCAAUGGGACCCCAAAAGGACAACCCCAUAGGGGACCCCCAUAAGACCCCAAUAGGAAUCCCAUAGAGGACCCCAAUAGGACCCCAGUGGGACCCCAAUAGGACCCCAAUGGGACCCCAAAAGGAGAACCCCAUAGGGGACCCCCAUAAGACCCCAAUAGGAAUCCCAUAGAGGACCCCAAUAGGACCCCAAUGGGACCCCAAAAAGACCCCAGUGGGACCCCAAUCAUACCCCAAUGGGACCCCAAAAGGACCCCACGAGGGGACCCCUGUAAGACCCCAAUAGGAAUCCCAUAGAGGACCCCAAUAGGACCCCAAUGGGACCCCAAUAAGAUCCCAAUAGGGGACCCCAAGGGGACCCCAAUGGGACCCCAAUAAUACCCCAAUGGGACCCCUGUAAGACCCCAAUAGGAAUCCCAUAGAGGACCCCAAUGGGACCCCAAUAAGAUCCCAAUAGGGGACCCCAAUGGGACCCCAAUAAGAUCCCAAUAGGGGACCCCAAUGGGACCCCAAAAGGACCCCAAGGGGACCCCAAUAAGAUCCGAAUAGGGGACCCCAAUAGGACCCCAGUAAGAUCCCAAUAGGGGACCCCAACGGGACCCCCAUAAGACCCCAAUAGGAGACCCCUAUAAGACCCCAAUAGGAAUCCCAUAGAGGACCCCAAUAGGACCCCAAUAGGGCCCCAAUGGGACCCCAGAAGGACCCCAAUAGGGGACCCCUAUAAGACCCCAAUAGGAGACCCCAAUGGGAUCCAUUGCCACUUGGAGGGCAGCAGUGGGGUGAAGCCCAGCCCCCCAGUGCCACUUGUGGGGCAGGACAUGGCCCCCAGUGCCACUUGUGGGGCAAGACAUGCCCCCAGUGCCACUUGUGGGUCGCUAUGGGGCGGGACAUGCCCCCAGUGCCACUUGUGGGUCGCUAUGGGGCGGGACAUGGCCCCCAAUGCCACUUGUGGGGCAGGACGUGGCCCCCAGUGCCACUUGUGGGGCAGAACAUGGCCCCCAAUGCCACUUGUGGGUCGCUAUGGGGCAGGACGUGGCCCCCAAUGCCAUUUGUGGGUCGCUAUGGGGAGGGACAUGCCCCCCAGUGCCACUUGUGGGUCGCUAUGGGGCGGGACAUGGUCCCCAAUGGCACUUGUGGGUCGCUAUGGGGCAGGACGUGGCCCCAAGUGCCACUUGUGGGGCAGAACAUGGCCCCCAAUGCCACUUGUGGGUCGCUAUGGGGCGGGAUGUGGCCCCCAGUGCCAAUUGUGGGUCGCUAUGGGGUGGGACAUGCCCCCCAGUGCUACUUGUGGGGCAGGACAUGGCCCCAGUGCCACUUGUGGGGCAGGACGUGGCCCCCAGUGCCACUUGUGGGGCAGGACAUAGCUCCAAAUGCCGCUUGUGGGUCGCUAUGGGGCAGGAUAUGCCCCCCAGUGCCACUUGUGGGUCGCCAUGGGGAGGGACAUGCCUCCAAGUGCCACUUGUGGGGCAGGACAUGACCCCCAGUGUCACUUGUGGGGCGGGAUACGGCCCCCAGCAUCACUUGUGGGUCGCUAUGGGGAGGGACGUGCCCCCAAGUGCCACUUGUGGGGCAGGACAUAGCUCCCAACGGCACUUGUGGGUCGCUAUGGGGCAGUGAUCGCGACGAUGCGGGACCCACGGCGCAGUGGGGCGCUGGAGGCGGCGGUGGGGCCGGCCAUGGGGCAGACGCUGCGCGUGGAGCAGUUGGACGUGUGCAGCGACAGCUCCGUGCAGGAAUGCAUGAGCCUGCACGGGGACAGCGUGGANGUGCUCGUGAACAACGCGGGCGUGGGGCUGGUGGGGCCACUGGAGGGCACGGCGCUGGCGGAGGUGCAGCGCGUGCUGGACACCAACGUGGUGGGGGUGGUGCGCGUGGUGCGAGCCGUCCUGCCCCACAUGAAGCGGCGCCGCCGCGGACACAUCGUGGUGCUCAGCAGCGUCAUGGGACGGCACGGUACGGGGGUCAAAGGUCACGGGGUCAAAGGUCAAGGGUCGGGGGGUCACGGGGUCAGGGGUCACACGGUCAUGGAGUCAAGGGGUCUGAGGUUGGGGAUCAUGGGGUUGGUUGGGGUCAUGUUAGGGGUCCCAUUGUGGUGCUCAGCAGCGUCAUGGGAAGGCACGGUAUGGGGGGUCAAAGGUCACGGGGUCAGGGGUCACGGGGUCAUGGGUCACGGGGUCAAAGGUCAUGGGGUCAGGGGUCGCGGGGUCAGGGGUUGGUUGGGGUUAUGGGGUCACAUAAUGGUGCUCAGCAGCGUCAUGGGAAUGCACAGUACAGGGGUCAAAGGUCACGGGGUCAGGGGUCACGAGGUCACGGGGUCGGGGGUCACGGGGUCAUGGGUCAUGGUUAGGGUUAGGGGUCAUGGGGUUGGUUGGGGUCAUGGGGUCGCAUUGUGGUGCUCAGCAGCGUCAUGGGAAUGCACAGUACAGGGGGGUCAAAGGUCACGGGGUCAGGGGUCAUGGGGUCGGAGGUCAGGGGUCAUGGGGGGUUGGGGUUCCAAGGGUCAGAGGUCAUGGGGGCAUGGGGUUGGUUAGGGUCAUGGGGUCCCAUCGUGGUGCUCAGCAGCGUCAUGGGAUGGCACGGUACGGGGUCAGGGGUCAAAGGUCACGGGGUCAAAGGUCACGGGGCCGGGUGUCAAGGGGGAGGGGUCACAGGGUCAGGGUUCGGGGUCACAAGGUCAGGGGGCAUGGUUAGGGUUAGGGGUCAUGGGGUCACAUCGUGGUGCUCAGCAGCGUCAUGGGACGGCACGGUACGGGGGUCAAAGGUCACGGGGCAACGGUCACGGGGUCAAAGGUCAUAGGUCAAGGGGUCAGAGGUUGGGGGUCACGGGGAAGGGGUCAGGGGAUCAUGGGGUUUGUUAGGGGUCCCAUUGUGGUGCUCAGCAGCGUCAUGGGACGGCACGGUACGGGGGUCAAAGGUCACAGGGUCGGGGGUCACGGGGUCAAAGGUCACGGGGUCGGGGGUCAUGGUCUCACCUGUGGGUCUCACCUGGGGGUCCCACUUUGUGGGUUGCACUUGGGGGUCAAUGUGGAUCCCACUUAGGGGUCCCACUUGGGGGUCACCGUGGGUCCCACUUAUGGGUCUCACCUGGGGGUUGCCGUGGGUCUCACUUGUGGGUCUCACUUGUGGGUCCCACUUGGGGGGUCACUGUGGAUCCCACUUGUGGGUCUCACCUGCGGGUCCCACUUAGGGGUCCCACUUGGGGGUCACCGUGGGUCCCACUUGUGGGUCUCACUUGGGGGUCACUUUGGGGUCCCACUUGUGGGUCUGACUUGGGGGUCCCACUUGUGGGUCGCACUUGGGGGUCACCAUGGGUCCCACUUUGGGGUCCCACUUGUGGGUCCGACUUGUGGGUCUGACUUGUGGGUCCCACUUGUGGGUCUCACUUGGGGGUCUCACUUGGGGGUCACUUUGGGGUCCCACUUGUGGGUCUGACUUGGGGGUCCCACUUGUGGGUCUCAGUUGGGAGUCACUGUGGGUCCCACUUGUGGGUCUCACUUUGGGGUCUGACUUGUGGGUCCGACUUGUGGGUCUCACUUGUGGGUCCGACUUGUGGGUCCGACUUGUGGGUCUCACUUGUGGGUCCCACAUGUGGGUCUGACUUGUGAGUCUCACUUGUGGGUCCGACUUGUGGGUCUCACUUGUGGGUCCCACUUGUGGGUCCGACUUGUUGGUCUGACUUGUGGGUCUCACUUGGGGGUCACUUUGGGGUCCCACUUGUGGGUCCCACUUGUGGGUCCCACUUGUGGGUCUGACUUGUGGGUCUCACUUGGGGGUCACUUAGGGGUCCCACUUGUGGGUCUGACUUGUGGGUCCCACUUGUGGGUCCGACUUGUGGGUCUCACUUGGGGUCACUUAGGGGUCCCACUUGUGGGUCUGACUUG